AUGGCUGCAGCUACCAAUGCCACCCCAUCGCUGAAAUCCGCGAACACCACGGCCGAUGUUUCCCCGGGCCGCAGCAUCUCCCUCAACAACGAUCUCAACGGUCUCAUCCACCGCGCUGACCGUUGGGUGGAUGGGUCCGACCUGGAGUCGUGCGCCUUCCGCCUCGUCGCCCGUGCCCUUACCGACAAGAUCACCGACAAUUUGAUGAGCCGCUUGACCCUGAACAACUUGCACAAGAGCCACGAGGUCGCCAAACAGCAACCAUCGCUCAUCCACGGGCUCACGCAUCGUAUGGCCAAGGAAGCGGCGAAAGAAUCGCAUAGCUCACCGUCAGUGAUCCUGGGCUUCACCUCGUCCGAUGCCGCGCUCCAGGCCCUCGACCUCAGCAAGCAGCCCUCUCAAGUUGCCAAGAUUCGCCCAAGCAUGUUGAAGCGUGUUCAGACUUCUCCGGGAAAACUCGACUCGCAUUUCGACGAUUAUUCUCGUCUCGCCAUGGCUCUCGGUGGCAAU